AUGACCCUCUGUCUCUGCCUAAGAGCUUCAAAGGCUUUUAAACCGUCUACCAAGCUUCCCUUCUUCGAGGUACGUCGCCUUUUCUUGUUUCCAUUCCCUAUUCGCCUUCUCAGCCGCCCUUCCGCUGAACCUGAACCAGUAGUAGCUGAUAGCUGCGGCCGCGGCGCCGAAUCAAUCCCUCCCCAGUCCACAAUCCAUCAUUACAGAGACCUUAUAUUCACGACUGUUGAAGAAAAACCCUUUGCUUUUUGCAACCACAGUUGGGUUGCGGAGCAAUUUCAUCCUGUGAUUACUGACCCCGAGUUGCUGGUUCGGGUCAUAUCUUCUAUUCGAGGAAAACCGAGAGUAGCUUUAAGGUUCUUCAGAUGGGUCCUGGGCCAAUCAGGGUUUAAGAGUUCAGAAUCCGUGUUUUGUGUCGUCCUUGAGGUUCUGGUGGCAAACGAUUUGAUGAAACCUGCUUACUGGGUGAUGGAUAGGACAAUUGACAGACAAAUGCACGGGAUUGUUGAUGUUUUGAUUGCCAACUGCGUUGAUCCUCAGGUUUUGAUCAAGAUUCUUGAUCUUCUGUUGUGGGUUUACACCAAGAGAUCCAUGGUUAAGCAGUAUUUAUCAGUUUUUAACAAAGUAUUGAGAAAUGGGUUGUUGCCCGAUGUUAAGAACUGCAACAGGAUUCUCAGGGUACUUCGAGACAAGAAGCUCGGAGCUGAAGCUAGGCAAGUCUAUGGAAUGAUGUGUGAAUACGGAAUUAAGCCUACUGUUAUCACGUAUAAUACAAUGUUGGAUUUGCUUUGCAAAGAAGGGCAUCUUCAGCAAGGCCUGGAUCUUUUAUCAGAGAUGCAAGGGACUGGUUGUUUUCCUAAUGAUGUUACAUAUAAUAUAUUGAUCAACGGGUUUUCAAAGAGGGGAAAAUUGGAGGAAGCUAAAGAAUGGAUCGGGAGUAUGAUGAAAGUGGGGUUGAGAGUUUCAGCAUAUUCGUAUAAUCCCCUAAUUUCUGGGUAUUGCAAAAAAGGGUUAUUUGACGAGGCAAGAUACCUUGAAGAAGAAAUGGUGAAGAAAGACGUGACUCCUACGGUAUCAACCUACAAUGCAAUUAUCCAUGGAUUAUGCAAAUAUGGGAGAAUAAGCGACAACAACAGAAAGCAAUUGUUAGAUAUGUUUAGGAACAAUGUGAUGCCAGACAUAGUGUCAUAUAAUUCUCUUAUUUAUGGAUACUGCAGGUUGGGGUAUGUUGGCGAUGCUUUUCUUUUGUUUGAUGAACUAAAGUAUCGAGGCCUCCAUCCGACUGUGGUUACAUAUAAUACGCUCAUAGAUGGGCUUUGCAGAAUUGGGGACUUGGAAGGUGCUCAAAAGCUGAAACAUGGUAUGGUCAAUGUUGGUGUUCAUCCUGAUGUAUUUACUUACACCAUUCUUGUAAAUGGCUCCUCCAAGUUAGGAAAUAUGUUGAUGGCGAAGGAAUUUUUUGAUGAGAUGCUGCAUGCCGGAUUAUCUCCUGAUCGGCACACAUAUACUACACGGAUCAUGGGUGAACUGGAGACUGGUUCUACAACCAAGGCAUUUAGUUUACAAGAAGAAAUGGUUGCAAAAGGGCUCCCUCCAGAUGUGUAUACCUAUAAUGUCUUUCUGCACGGGCUCCUUAAGUUGGGUAACUUUGAAGAUGCUGAAGAAAUGUUUCAACAAAUAGUUAGAGAUGGUCUUGUUCCUGAUCAUAUAACCUACACUACCAUGAUACAUGCAGAAUUGGAAAAGGGGCGGCUGACCAGAGGCAGGGAGAGAUUCUAUGAAAUGUUGAGCAAGGGGAAGAACCCUACAGUUGUAACUUAUACCAUAUUGAUUCAUGCACAUGCAUUAAUGGGGAGGCUAGAACUGGCAAAAAUGUUUCUUAAAGAGAUGCGGUGCAUAGGGCUUGUCCCUAAUGUUAUUACCUACAACACUUUGAUAAAUGGGUUUACCAAAGUAAGAGCGAUGGGUCAAGCAUACUCAUACUUCAAUGAGAUGGAGCAAAAUGGUAUAUUUCCCAACAAAUACACGUUCACCAUAUUGAUUAAUGGAUGCUCGGAUGUUGGAGACUGGCAGGGGGCUUUGACAUUAUACAAAGAAAUGCUAGAUAGAAGGAUUGAACCAGAUUCUUGUACUCAUAGUGUAUUGUUGAAGCACCUGGACAAAGAUUACAAAUCCCAUGCCAUUGAGUACCUGGAGAGCUUAAUUGUUCAGGAUGGUAAUGAGAAGAUGAUGGUUGAUACAUUUGAUGCUGCCAGAGGCUAG